AUGAAGACUGAUUUCAAGUUUUCCAACCUUCUGGGGACCGUUUAUCGCCAAGGAAACCUCAUCUUCACUCCAGACGGCACUUGCUUGCUUUCUCCGGUUGGCAAUAGAGUUACAGUUUUUGAUCUCGUGCAGUACGGGACCCUCGCACCCUUUACAGCUAGAAAUAAAUCAUAUACCCUUCCUUUCGCCCACCGCACCAACAUCUCGCGAAUUGCCCUCUCUCCCAAAGGCAACCUCCUCCUCUCCAUUGAUCAACAUGGAAAAGCUAUACUAACCAAUUUCCUCCGUCGAUUAACUAUCCAUCACUUCUCGUUCAAGUCUACGGUCACCACGCUUGUUUUUUCACCUUCUGGGCGCCAUUUUGCUGCUGGAGUGGGGCGGCGAAUCCAGGUCUGGAAAACACCUUCUACACCUGGUGCUGAUGGUAAUGGCGAACUAGAAUUCGCACCAUUCGUUCUGCAUCGGGAGUAUGUAGGACAUUUCGAUGCGGUGCAGAAUAUACACUGGUCUGGCGAUUCGAGAUUCUUUCUCAGCGCCUCAAAAGAUUUAACUGCAAGGAUAUGGAGUUUGGAUCCGGAGGAAGGGUUUGAACCGACAACUCUUGCGGGCCACCGUGAAGCUGUGCUAAACGCUUGGUUUACAGAGGAUCAGGAGUCGAUCUACACUGUGAGCAAGGAUGGCGCACUCUUUCGAUGGCAAUAUUGUAGCAAGUCCGAUGACCCAGAGGAAUUGACAGAAAACUCGGAUAUGCGCUGGAGGAUCACAAAAAAAAACUUUUUCAUGCAAAGCAAUGCGAAGGUGAAAUGUGCAGCAUACCAUGGAGCUUCUAACCUUCUAGUUGCAGGCUUCUCUAAUGGUUUAUUUGGGCUCUAUGAACUACCAGAGUUUACCCAAAUACAUAAACUUAGUCUAACUGUUAUUAGCAUCUCACAGAGCAAUAUUGAUUUUGUGACAAUGAAUGACUCUGGCGAAUGGAUCGCCUUUGGAUCGUCGAAACUUGGGCAGUUGCUUGUGUGGGAAUGGCAGUCUGAGUCAUAUAUCCUGAAACAGCAAGGCCAUUUGGAUUCGAUGAAUUCCCUCGUAUAUUCUCCAGAUGGACAAAAAAUAAUAACCGCGGCAGAUGAUGGGAGAAUCAAAGUCUGGGAUACAAAUUCUGGGUUCUGUAUUGUCACCUUUACAGAGCAUACCAGCGGCGUCACCGCGUGUCAAUUCUCGAAAAAAGGAAAUGUUUUAUUUACCGCAUCAUUAGAUGGCUCAAUCAGAGCAUGGGAUCUCAUUCGAUAUCGAAAUUUUAGAACAUAUACGGCACCCUCAAGAUUAGGGUUCUCCUGCUUGGCGGUAGAUCCCAGUGGGGAGGUCGUGUGUGCAGGUUCACUGGACUCGUUUGAUGUCCACAUUUGGUCCGUCCAGACGGGCCAGCUUCUAGACCGACUGGCUGGGCACCAAGGACCGGUGUCUUCUCUAUCCUUUGCUGCAGAUGGCAGGCAUCUGGUGAGCGGUAGCUGGGAUCACACAAUCCGAAUAUGGAGCAUCUUUGGCCGCACGCAGACCAGCGAGCCUCUGGAACUACAAGCCGACUUGCUUAGCGUAGCUUUCCGACCGGAUGGGAAACAAAUUGCCGCCUCCAGCCUUGAUGGUCAAUUGACCUUCUGGUCAGUCGAAGAAGCCGUGCAGGAGGGGGGAAUAGAUGGUCGACGCGACGUAUCAGGAGGCCGUAAAAUAUCCGACCGUCGAACAGCUGCCAAUGCCGCAGGCACCAAGUCAUACAACACGAUAACUUACUCAGCCGAUGGAAGCUGCCUACUCGCCGCGGGUAACAGCAAAUACAUCUGCCUCUACGACGUCAGCACUGGCUCACUCUGCAAAAAGUUCACUGUCUCCAUCAAUACCUCUCUUGACGGCACACAGGAAUUCCUCAACAGCAGGGAUAUAACCGAAGCUGGUCCACGCGGCCUCAUAGACGAAGCUGGUGAAGCGUCAGAUUUGGAAGAUCGCAUCGACAAGCGUCUCCCCGGCACUCGUCGUGGCGGCGACGCAGGCGCACGCACCACGCGGCCCGAAGUGCGGGUAACUUCCGUCGCUUUCUCGCCAACCGGCCAAUCUUUCUGCGCCUCGUCUACGGAAGGCCUGCUUGUCUACAGUCUAGAUACAACCUUCGUCUUCGACCCCUUCGACCUCGACCUCUCUAUCACACCCGACAGCAUCCUCGAUACCCUGGCCGAAGCCAAAGCCGCAUCCACCACCUCCCCCCCAACGGACUCAUCACCGACAACCCCAACUUCCUUCCUAAAACCCCUCAUCAUGUCCUUCCGCCUCAACGAAGCCCCCUUAAUCCGAAAAGUCUACGAAUCGAUCCCUCCCACUGACAUCCGCCUCAUCACCGCCUCCAUACCCACUAUCUACCUCCCUCGCAUGCUCCGUUUCGUCGCCAAUUGCGUCGACGAGACACCGCACCUGGAGUUCAAUUUGCGCUGGAUCGAGGCGUUGCUGAGCAUCCAUGGCCACUAUUUCAAGGAUCAUAGUGGCCAGCUGGCGGCGGAGUUGCGUGCCGUGAAUCGUGUUGUUGAUGGCAUUCGAGAUGAGAUUAAGCGGCUCGUCGAAGGGAAUGGGUAUGCGUUGGAGUAUUUGCUUUCAAAGCCGGUGUUGAAUGGGAGGAGGGUUGGGAAUGGUGGAGGAGACGGUGUGAUUGCUGCGGGAAAGGAAAACGGCGUAUGUAGCGAUGAAGAUAUGGAUGAUGUCGGUGAUAGUGACGAUGGUGGGGAAGGGGGAGAGUGGAUUGGUUUGGCCUAA